CGCGUGCAAUUGGCUAGAGUGCACGUGCCAAGACCAGAGUAUGCACAUUUGCUAUUUUCAGUUUUUGUAACCAAAUGAUCGGUAGAGUUGAAAAUUCGAUGGAAACAAAUUGAAUGUUAGAUUUGUAUUCAGUAGGCUACAUAAAAAUGUAAGCGAAAAAGUAACCUACAUUUGGUGUGAACUACGUCAUCACGCACUGAUUUUUAGCCACAAAUCCGUUUGGUGGAAACACUCCGCUGGUGGGAAAAUGCGCAUAUUUUCUUUAUGCUGAUUCUAGAAAAUUCGCAUGAAAAACUGUUGCUAAUUGGAUGAAAACGUAGCUACUGAUUCAAUUGAUUAAGGAACUUGUUGGGAUGGGGAGGAGGUGAUGGAGGACUGCCUCCUUGGUUACUAAGUAACGUAACCAUACAAACACUACCUCCAACAGAUCACAAUGCGGAAGGGCUUGAACUCAAAAGCAACCAGUGGAAAGUUAGCAAUCACCUCAGUUGCUCUUCAAGACCAUAUCGCACGAAACUUACUGCUUCAGAAUUUGUCACUGUGUGACCCUGUGAAGACAAGAUGGUGUCGAAGAGCCGCCACUGAAACACACUGCAAACGAAACCAUGGAACUGUGAAACAGAAAGGGCCCCAGCAACACGAUGGAGAGGAGAAAGAGUAUGUGCUUGACCCAGCAGCUCCACCACUGACAUUAGCCCAGAAAUUGGGUUUGGUGCAGUCCCCGGCCAGAAAACUGACGGUAGAUGAAUGGAGUCGGGUCAAGUCGAGGUCUAUUCAUGAAGGGGACUCCAAGCAGCCCUGUGUGAUCUGCAGGGAGGAGUUUCGCUUACAGACUCAGGUUUUGAUGUCCCGUUCCCAUGUGUUUCACAGAGCCAGUAUGCAGGCCUUUGAGAGGUUUUCAGGUAGGAAGUUCUGUCCUCUGUACAGGAAGGAGCAGUAUGAGACCAGAAUUCACGAUGGAGCUCGCCUCUUCAAAGAGAGGUGUGCCAUCAGCCCCGUCCAGGGUCCCAUCCUGGUGCCAGUGACGGCCACGUCAWGGAUGGGGAUUGGCGGCUCCUAG